UUACAUUCCAUGUAAAAAUAACCAGUAGUAAUUUAAUGUACAGAAACCAGAAGUAAAUUGAAACCUGUUGAAGAAACCCUCUCAAAGACGUGAGCUGAAGCUGGCAAUACUUGUUCUCCGAUCAAUUCCGCCGGUGAUAGAAGUUUCGCCGCCCUAAAGGUUUAUCAAGAGAUGGCAAAUCAUGGUGGAGGAGCAGCAGUUGCACAAAUUCCAACAAGCUUCGGACACGAACUCAGAGCCUGCCUUCGAUGCCGUCUUGUCAAGACUUAUGACCAGUUUCGAGAAUCGGGGUGUGAGAACUGCCCUUUCUUUCAGAUGGAAGAUGAUCACGAAAGAGUUGUCGAGAGCACAACCCCCAAUUUCACUGGGAUAAUCUCGGUUAUGGACCCGACUAGAAGCUGGGCUGCCCGCUGGCUCCGCAUUGGCAAGUUUGUUCCUGGUUGCUACACACUUGCAGUUUCUGAAGCGCUCCCUAACGACUUGCAGAAUAUUUGUGAAGAGGAGCGUGUGCCUUAUGUUCCACCGAAACGCGUUUGAUGUAUCUAGAACUUACUUUAGCUUUGGUUUUGAGGAAGUUGUGCCCGUUAACCCUACCUUUUUUUAGUGUUAUUAAGUCAUAAAAAACGACUAAUCUUUCGGAUCUAACACUCUGUCUGUUUGCUGAAAUGUAAGCAAUUCGAACUUUUAAAUAUUAUGUAAUAUUUAUCGUCUAGUUUGUGAUUGUAUUAACAUGGUACCGAACAAACGAUGAUUGUGUCUUCUAAAUAUUAAUAUUUAUAGUGGUGGUCCUCCCAAACAACCAUUACAAGG